UUUAUAGUGUUACCCUCAAGAAUACGUGUGGAUAGAGGGACAGAAACUGGUAUAAUGUGUACUAUUCACAGUUAUUUACGCGGGCAACAUGGCGAUGUUGAAAAGGGAGAUGACUGUGUUCUGUAUGGACCUUCCACAGAAAAUAAGAUUGAGAGAUGGUGGAGAGAGCUGUCACACAGAAUGGAAGGAUAUUUUAAAGAUCAAUUAAAAUCUUUACUCGAAGAGGGGCAUUAUGAUCCAAGCAAUGAAACCGACAGAAACAUGCUAGCGUUUGUUUAUAUUCCUGUUGUACAAAAGGAACUUGAUGUGUUCAGGGUAUCAGUUUGGAAUAAUCAUAGAAUAAGGAAACAAAAGGACAAGGUGCUACCCACUGGUGUGCCAGAGCAUAUAUACACAUGUCCAGAGCAACAUGGUGGGGAAAAGUGUGGUAUCCCAGUAAAUGAGGAGCAACUACGGGAAGUGGCUGAGUUUUCACAUGUACUUGAUGCUAAUGAUGACUUUUUAGAUGAAGAUUUUCGACAAGAAUGCGAACGGCACAUCCCAAAUACAGAAGAUAUUGAGCUAGCCCAAACCUCCAAUGCAUAUUUAUAUUUAAAAGAUCAUAUUUGGACAUAA